GGAUAGGGAAACUAAAACAGUGGGGUGGGGGUGUUGGGGUUGGAGUUGGCCCAAACAAAGCCUAUUUAUCACAUUGCUAAAAAGAAGCCCAUCGAUCAAGCAGCAGGCCGGACAAAGAGCGAGAAACUGCUACUGCGUAGGAGGAGAAAGAACAGAAGACAACCAAGAAUCCGAGAUACAAAGAACGGACUAAAUUACAGGUUCGUAGCCUCAGAGUUGCUGCGUAGGACGCACUGUAGGACACUUUUUUACACUGUUGAAAAAUAAAUAUGCUUUCCGGGAUCAAGUUCAUACCCCGCGACCAAGCAGAAGAUGAAGAUGGGGGUGCUUCUAUAGGAAAGAGUAAAAACUCAGGGAGUACAAGGGAAAAAAAUAGGAAAAAUAAAAAGAGUUCGCGAUAUAGCAGUAGUUCAGAGGAUGAUGGUGGGAGAAUAAAAAAAGUAUCUAGGAAAAAGAAGAAAUGGCACUCUUCUGAUGAAAAUUCAUCACCAGAUUUAAGUGAUAGUAAUAGCAGUGAUGACAGUUCUGACCGGAUUGAAAAGAAACAAAGGAAUAAAAGAAAGAAUAAGAGAAGAAAUCAUUAUAGUUCUGAGAAUGAGGAUAGCAAUAGGUCAAAGAAGAGAUCAAGAAGUGGUAAGAAGCAUUACUCAGCCAUGGAAUAUUCAUCAUCUGCCUCUGAAGACGAGGGAAAAGAUGGAAGGAAGAGAAAGGAGGAAAGAGAGGAAAAGGAAGUUGGCAAUGAUUUUCCUGAGAAGAUAGAAAUUACAAGAAAAGAAAUGGGUUUGGAUUGGAUGCUUAGACCUGCAGACAAGUCCGAUGGAAGGCCUGCAGUGAAUGUUGAUGACCAGCCAGAGAAACCACCUGUUCAGGAGAUGAAUAGAGUGAAUCCCAGGGAAUUGAAUCCAUAUCUGAAGGAUAAUGGAAGUGGUUAUCCAGAUGAUGCAGAAGAGAAAAGAGCAGGUGGACAUCGACUUCCUUCUUCUUCGCUUGUUGGGGAUGGAGGUGCAAGCUGGAGACUAAAAGCCUUGAAGCGUGCAAAAGAGCAAGCAGCCCGAGAGGGAAGAAAACUUGACGAGGUUGUGGAAGAAAGAUGGGGUUCUCUUGGUCUUUUGGCUGUCUCUGCUGUUUCUCAGACAGCUGCCCCGGCUCGUGCUCAUCUACAAGCCAUAAAAACUAGACAGAGGGGGUUAGUAGGGGAACACCAAACUGAUGCUGAUGGUCAAAGUGAGAGAGCUGUAGAAAAGAAUGCUGGUCGAGACUACUUAAAGGAUGUAUCUGUCCGACAUCCUGAAAUGAGAGCUCCCAAAGUACAUGAUUCUUUGUCCUGGGGAAAACGAAAAAGUCAAAAUGUGUCUGCUAAGGAUGCUGGCCUCAUUAAUGCUGCAGUUUCUAGCUUAAAUAAGUUUGCUGAUGAUGGAAGCUUUAUGAGCAAACUUCUUAGUCAGCAGAAUAAUGAUCUUCCUGAUUCUGUUGGUUCCCACAUAAAUCAAGAUGAGAAUGUAGAUGCUUCAUUUGAAAUGAAGAGACCUGGUGAAGGCAUCACAGUUGUUAAGGAAGCAUCGAGUGCAAACCAGCUGGCAGCCAAGGCUUUGCAGCUUCGUAUGAAAGGGAAGCAUGAAGAAGCUGAUAAACUCAUGCAAGAGGCUGAGAAAAUAAAGGUAAAGCAAAGUUCUGGAGAAAAUUCAAGUAGACCUCAAAAUAUCAGAAGCACCAACAGUUAUGAUAUUCAAGGUAUUUCUGCCCGAAAAAAGGAAGAUGAUGCUGAUAAGCAUCUAGCUCAAAAAAUAAUCCAGAAUAAACAAUAUAGUUUAUCUGGUCGGGCAGAUGAUGAAUAUGAUUUUGAAGAUGGCCCGGGCCAAAAGUCUAGGAGGAAGGGAGUAGGUAAUGAUCCGAAGUCCAAGGAGAAAAGUGUUCUUGCAAAGCGAAUCCUGACUCAGCAAGAGCGAUGCCUUUUUUGCUUUGAGAAUCCAAACCGGCCAAAACAUCUUGUUGUGUCUAUUGCAAACUUCACAUAUUUGAUGUUGCCACAGUGGCAGUCUGUUGUUCCAGGCCAUUGUUGUAUCUUACCAAUGCAGCAUGAAUCAGCCACAAGGAUUGUUGACAAUAAUGUAUGGGAAGAAAUUCGCAAUUUCAAGAAAUGCCUUAUGAUGAUGUUUGCCCAGCAAGACAAGGAUUUAGUUUUUCUUGAAACAGUGAUGGGGUUGGCGCAGCAGCGUCGUCAUUGUUUAAUUGAGUGCAUUCCUCUGCCACGAGAAAUUGCUAAACAGGCCCCUCUAUAUUUUAAAAAGGCAAUUGAUGAAGCUGAAGAUGAGUGGAGCCAGCACAAUGCAAAGAAGCUGAUCGAUACUAGUGUGAAGGGAUUGCGAGGUUCAAUUCCCAAGGACUUCCCUUACUUCCAUGUUGAGUUUGGCCUAAACAAGGGUUUUGUCCACGUGAUUGAUGACGAGACACAGUUUAAGAGUAGCCUUGGCUUAAAUGUAAUAAGAGGCAUGCUACGUUUGCCAGAGGAAGAUAUGUUUCGUCGCAGAAGGCACGAGUCAGUAGAGUCGCAAAAGCAGGCAGUUGCAAAUUUCGCACGAGAUUGGGAACCUUUUGACUGGACAAAACAGCUUGACUAAGUCUUCAAAUUUUGCGAAGUUUUACUGAUAAAUCUAGCCAUUUUUUAAAUAUUUGAGAUUUCGCCUUUGUCUAUCCGUUGUUUAACUAAUCAACCUGUAGCCAGUAUGCAUGGUUGACGCAGCAGGUAUGAACCGAUUAGCUUGCGACUUGGUUCCAACAAGUGCCUGAGUUUGUAACUGCAUCGAGUGCUCUCCAUUUCCAUUGCUUCAUGAAGUAAAUUGGUUGGCUUGCUUUUUUGGAGCCUGACAAUGGUAACUAGUGUUUUUGAGUGUAAUCCAAGUCAGUAAAGGGUUGAAAUAGAAUGUAUUAGAUCUGUAAAUUUUCAGCAUUUCUUUAUUGUUCGGCAAAACCUUUGAAAGCUCGACUCUGUAUUUUAGUGCACAAAGGACGCAGCCUGUGGAUUGCGAAGGGAUUGUUGUAUGUGUAUGAGCACACACACACCUCAAACUGAUAAAUGUAGUCAAACCAAAAUCUGAGGUUGGUAAAAGUAGUUUUGUCAUUCCAUAUAAGGCACCAUUGGUCAGAAACUCAAAA